AUGUCACAGGAUCAUAGAAAAUUAGAUUUUGAAAUUAUUAGCCACAACAUUAGAGAACUUGUUAACAGCGGCGCUUCACUAAAAGUCAAAGUGAUACAAGCCCAUAUUGCUGAAAAAUACAGUUAUAGAAUCUCAUAUCGAAAAUCUUGGAUUGCAAAGAUUAAAGUUGUAGAGUCACUUUAUGGGAAUUGGGAGACGUCUUACAAUGACUUACCACAAUGGUCGUUGGGGAUGAAGACGUAUCUUCCUGGAACUGUUAUAUAG